AUGGCAACACUGUCACUGUGAAGUUGUCAAAUUAAUCGCGUGGUUGGGUGGAAUUUUUGUACAAUUUCGAGGAGAAAAAGUGUGAAAAAGUGACGAAAAACCAGCAAAAAGAUCAGCCAAGUGGUCGUGGGAGGUGUGAUAGGUAAAAUUGGUGGUGUUUGUGGUAAAUUAGCAGUGGAAAUUGGUGAAAAACGCAAAGAAAACAAUGUCCGAAUGCAAACGUGUUUUCAUGGCUUGAGUCCCCAAGUGGCCAAAACAAUUGGUGCUUUCAUCAUUUCCCGCCGGAUUUGGAUGCUUUCUCAGCGCAAUAUUCCGUCAAUUUCUCGCAAUUUCAGGAGGUUCACAACAACAACACGAGAACCAAAAGUAGUAGCAAGAAGAUGGACUACGGAGGAGCACAGAAUGGAAUGCAGAACGGUGGGAGUCAGUAUGGGGUGUGUGGAAAUAGUGGGCAAACGCAGAAGGUGACUCUCAGGAGGAGAUGCCGUAGUGAAUGCCAUCAAUUUGUUGGUGGUGAUGAGGUGUCAGAUGCCCUAAAUAGCUAUCAGAUGAAGACACAUCACAUGCUGGGACAAGAGAUGAAGCACCGAGGUGGGGGUGCAAUGAGAAAUGGUUUUAGAUCAAAAUACAGCCCACCACGUCAUAUGGUGGCAUCGCGAAAAUUACUGGCACUCACCAAGGAGACCCAAUCGCAGAAUGUGAUAAGAGAAUUGGAUGGAGAGAAUGAGGAUCACAUCAAAGAAAAUAUAUCCGAGUACAUGCUAAAGAAGAAGGAUCAUGCGGAGCAACAGCAAAUCUCAGAGCAGAAAAUAGCAUGUGGGGAUUUGCAUAAGAGACGCACACGACCAAGAAGUGAAUCGGAACCGCAUGAAAUCUACAAAUCCUCAAAUGGAAUUGAUAAAAUUAGAAAUGAUGAUCUGGCACUUAAACGUUCACGCGACGAAGAUUCCCCACCGAUGCACUAUCAGCUUAAACUGUCCAAUGGCCAUCAUGCUGCCCCGACUUUUUCCAAUUGUUCCUCAGGGGACAAGGACAUUAUGACUGAGUCCCCGAAAAAGAUCAAUGGGAACUGCUAUUCUCCGCCUAAAGUGUCUGUGAUCAAUGGUGAGACUCACAAGGUCUCGCAGGAUCCCCUACAAACUUCGGAAGUUCCACCGACGACGAAGGAUGUCGAGGACUCCCAUUCAGAUAUGUCUGAUACGGAGUGCAGUAGUUUGGAUGGGGAUGCCAUGACGGGGAAUGGGGUGGAUUUUGAUGAAGAGGAUGUGUAUGAUUUGAUGUCGCAAUCGGAUGAUGUUGAUUCCGGAGGAAAGAUGUUUAGUGCCAAUAUCUCAGUGGCGAUUCAGUCCAAAGUGAAUUUGCCAUCGGCUGAAGCCCAUCAGGCAAUUGUAGAGGCAUCGAGUGGGGGGAAGUUUGCAGCAAUAGCUGGACCAAUAUCACCCAGUAUGUUCCCAAAUGUGCCACCUUUUCUCACCUUUGCCUCAGACACCGAAGCCGGUCCGCCGAUGCAUGCGUUAGUGACGAAAAUACUCAAAUGGAAGGUGACUGCAGUGACGCCAAUUGUCGUGAGGAAGGUUCUUCUCAACUCAGGGUUUAGAUUACUCAAACAAAACGAUGAUGUCCUUCCAGAGACAAAUGACUGGAUUGGUAUUUGGGGAAAGCACAUGAAGAGUCCACAAUUUCGCACAAUUCGCUCAUAUCAGAAGUUCAAUCAUAUUCCGGGUACGUUUCAAAUUGGCCGAAAGGAUCGUGUUUGGCGGAAUUUGCAACUACAAAUGGAACGCAAUGGCAAGAAGGAGUUUGGCUUUAUGCCACGAACCUAUAUCCUGCCACAGGAUCUCAAGACGUUGCGUCAGAUGUGGCCACGGUACAGUCAGCGUGGUGUAAAGUGGAUCAUAAAGCCACCGGCUUCGGCCAGAGGAACGGGAAUCAAAGUGGUCAAUAGAUGGUCACAGAUUCCCAAACGACGACCAAUAAUUGUGCAGAGGUACGUUGAGCGACCGAUGUUGAUCGAUGGCAGUAAGUUUGAUUUGCGUCUGUAUGUUCUCGUGACAUCCAUGAAUCCCCUAAAAGUGUACAUGCACACCGAUGGCCUGGCCAGAUUCGCUUCAGUGAGGUAUAGUGAGAAAGUGGACACUCUCAGUGAUCGGUAUAUGCAUUUGACGAACUACAGUAUUAACAAGUUGUCCGCCAAUUAUGCUAAAAAUGAAGAUGCUGAAGCGUGCAAAGGUCACAAAUGGACCAUUAGAUCACUGUGGAGUUACCUGGAAUCUGGUGGAGUGGACACAGAAAGGCUCUGGGGUGCACUGAGGGAUUUGGUUAUUCGAACCCUUUUGGCAGGAGAGACACCAAUUCACAAUCUCACAAAAUCUAAUAUGCUGAGCAAGUACAAUUGCUAUGAAUUAUUUGGAUUUGACGUCCUACUGGACUCAGAUCUUGUACCCUGGCUUCUGGAGGUGAAUAUUUCGCCGUCGCUACAUUCUUCCUCGCCGCUUGAUCUGCACGUCAAGGCGCCACUGGUUAGAGCUACACUCAAUACAGCUCUCUACCAAGUGCCACCAAAAUUGACGGAGGACAAGCAGCAGGAAGUGCUGCAGACGCUCAAUCUUCAGGGGCCACUGUGCAUGGACAAGAGGAUGUACACCACGACGCUGGCCAUGAGUGAGAGGAUCAAGCACAAUCACUUCAUCAGCAAGGAACUCAAUAGAGAAGACUACCUCGAGAGCAUCCUUGAUACUCUCACAGCAGAUGAUUUGAGAUGUUUGAUCAUAACUGAGGAGGAAUUAUCCCGAUGUGCUCCACUUGAGCGUAUCUUUCCUGCUCCAAAUAGCCACAAAUAUCUCACGUACAUGGACCAACCACGGUACUACAAUCGCCUCUUGGACGCCUGGGAGACCAAGUACAGUGGCAGGCGCGAUGAGGGCAUCGCUAGACUCCAGGAGCUCUGUGCCAAGAAACUCCAUCUAAAAGUUCCACCAGCGUCCGUCAAAAAGGAUUGCAACAGUAAAAUAGGAAAUGGUGAGUCAAGCGGGGAGAUUGUUGUGGGUUUGCCCACGGAUGAGGAUACAGAGGAUGAGAAACAGAGCAGGAAGUCAACGGUGAAAACAACAAUGAAGACUCAUGUGGACAAUAAUGAUGCGAAAAGUCACCAAAAUGCCAUUAGAAAUGGGAUUAGAACAACUCUGUGACGAGGCCUCAAGACUGACACGAUGUGUUCUAUAUAGGAGUUACGGAUAAAAAAAAUUGAAAAUAAAAAGAGAAUUCUUUCAACAAAUCAAUUCUUAGAAGGCAAAUUUUCAUUUAGUUUAAAGAUAAAAAGACAUCGUAAGCGAAUUUAGAACAUCUCCGAAGUAAAAUUGAAUUAAUAUGCGUUGAGAAAUAUAUUUUUAAACGAUA